CCCCAGCUUCAUCUCCACCCGAGAGGCUAGCGCGCUCUCAGUGUUUCUCGAGGCUGUCCUCGUGCGCAGUCCGCGCCAAAGUUCCCUGAAGAGAAAGAGGAGGAAAGAAAGGGCAGGAUUGCCGGGGCAGGCAUGGAGGAAGAAGCAGUCUGGGGAUUAGACUGGGACAGUGACGAGACGGUAGUGGAAGGGUCGGUGACCGAGAGCGAGCUAGAGGAUGACGAGUUGCCCCUGAAAAGGUUAUUUUUUGCUCAAGAUUCAUCUUUUAUAUCUGAUCCCAGUUUUCACUCUGAUCUCAGACGAAUAUAUGGAGAAGCAGCCUCUCCGGAGAUUCAUCUUGUAUAUAAACUCAAAGAGUAUCUACAAGAGCAGAUGAAUAAGCACAUGAUAAAACCACUCUCUGAAGGAGAAAAUGAAACUCAAUUGUCUCAAGCUUUAACACAGGAUGAAAUAGAUAAUCCACUGUUCUCUGAAGAAAUUCCCCAAGAUGAUCUAGUGCUGGACUCUGAAUGGCAGAAUGAGCACAAUUAUUCUGCAGGAUUUGAUACCGAAGAUUUUGGAUUUCUGCAAAGGCCAGAAAAGGAAUUAAGUGAUGGAGAUGACUCCCCUGAAAUUAGUCUACUCUCAGGUGCUGUUAUUACAAGUUAUGGUACAGUAGAAGUAAAGAAAAAACCAUCAGAGAAGCUGGAGGGGCACAGUGUAUUGUCAGAGUCUCUAACGGAAGUUGCAUUGCCUUCAGGAGAAAUCGGGAGAGAAGAUAGCACCUAUGAAAUGUUGGUGCCCAUUAUAGAAGACUCUUCAGGAUUAUCAGAAAGUAUUCUAGUUGAAUACCCAUUUAAAAUGAAUGAAAUUGAAACUAAAGAGUUGUUAAAACCACUGAGUGAUUUGGGUAGUCCCAAAUCAAUGUCAUCUUUAGAUCAUUUGUUGAUUUGUCAGGAAGAUGGUCUGUCAGAAGACAUGCAAGAAAAUGAGAAAAAUGAUGCAUUACCGGCUGAGCUGCUGACAGCCCUGAAUACGUUGUCGGAAUCUGUGGUGGAAUCCAUCUGUCAAAGAAUGGAAAGAGGCAAUGGGUCCUGUGCUGAGAAUGAGUUCUUAGGAACAGAACCUAGCAUUUCUCAGGCAGACAAUGAUUGUACACAAAUAGGAAUGAAUUUUGAAUUUCAGCAUUCUGUUCAGCCAUUUGGACAAGGUCCCAAGUUAACUGAACCUUUAAUGCAGCAAGGUAAAGAAGGCCAAAGUUCACUUGGACAGGAAACCUUAGCACAUCAAAAUGAUGUCUGCUCUAUUGGGCUUAGAAAAAAGGAGGAUUUAAAUACCAUGGAAACUACCAUGACCAUGGAAACUUCAUCUGUGUUAAGGAGAUCAGCCAGAUUGAAAGCAGUAAGAGCAAGAGGUACCCCUAAGGAUAUAGAUGAGGUAUAUAAAAUGCCAAAAGAGAUUCUACAGAAAACACAUAGUGGACUUCCAGUUGAGUAUUUCAGAACACAAGAUCCUCCUUUUCAGAAUAACAGUGAUGAGAAAUCCAUAGAACAGAGCAAAGAACAGGUUUUAUCUCCUUAUAGCUCUGAUGAACAGUUAAGAAAGGGCAGAAAAACUACAAAAAACAGAAAAAAUCACAGAAAUAUAUCAAAGGUUUCAAGUAUUAAUCGAAGAGAUAUCUAUGGAGAAUCACUCUUGCAUAAAGCUGCUCAGGCAGAUGAUUCAGCUCUUGUCAAGAAAUAUAUAAAACUAGGUGGAAAUGUAAAUUUGCCAGAUUAUGCUGGCUGGACUGCGCUUCAUGAGGCAAGUGUGGAUGGAUUUUAUAAAACAGUCCUUGAGCUGUUAAAAGGCGGAGCUGAUGUAAAUUGCAAAGGGAUGAAAAAAGUCACCCCAAUAUAUGAUGCUGUGUUAAAUGGGCAUUAUAAGUCCUGUGUGGAGGAAAAAAAGGGGGUUGGAGCCUGGUGCUUGGAGUGGAGGAGCCCACAGAUGUUUCUCCAUUUUGGUCACAAACAAGAAUGCAGUUCCAGAAAGUGCACUCAGUAUUUUAAUAAUGAGAACUCCAGAGAAAUGAAAGAGAACAAGACAGAGGUUCCUGAAAAAAACAAAGGGAAUUUAUUGAAGAAUAAAGGAGUUGUGAAUGAAAAUCACCAGAAAAUAUCGAAGAAUAACAAAUUAAUCCCAACUAGGAAUAAGCAAUCAACUAUUGAUCAAAUAAAUGUCAAGGAACCCCCAAAGAUACAUAUGCAGAAUAUCAGUGAGCCCAAGAACGUUGUACUUAAGGGAAAGAGAAAAACGAGUAUAAUUCCUAAAGGAACUGAGAAAAGUGGUAGAAAGAGCAAUAUUAAGAUAGUACCACUAAUACCUUCAAAAAGAAUAAUGAGAUCUAUUGCUCAUCCUGAAACUUUUUGUGACCUUUCAGAAAAAUCUAGUAUGCUGACCAGCUCAGCAGCUCCAAUGCUGAAAAAUGAUCUGUGUCAUAAUAGUGAAGAUUUUUCAGUUUUCCAAGGAAGAGAUGCUUGUGAAAAUGACAUAACUUCACCAAUCCUACCAAGUCAGGAAGAACGUAGCCAGAACACAGGGUCAGCAGACUGUCAGAAAGAAUGCAAUUUCUUAGAGUCAGAAACUGUUGAGCCAGCUGAAGCCAUUCCUCUGUCUGGGCUUCCCUCUUGUGAAGAGGCUGAGUUACCGUUGGUCCCUGAAGGAAAUUAUGGUGCUGCUUGUUGUGAGAAGUCUCUUCCUUGUGAGGCCAGUAGCUUUAAUAAUCCAAAUCACAAAAGUGAGAAUGUGACAGAGUGGGAAAAGUGUUUCCUUUCUUUUGUAGAUAGAAACAUUGACGGUGACAAUAAUGAUAGCAGUGAUGAUGGUGGAUGCAUCUCUGAGGGAACUGCAUUGCCUGAGAAGUUUAUUUGUUUGGUAAAUGAUGAAAACCAGAAUCCUUGUGAAAUAGACUCAAAACAUGAAGAAGAAUCAAAUUCUCAACACUAUUUAUCUUCUGAAACUCCGUCUUUGCUCCAGGAGAAUGGUCUUCAAGCAGGUAGCACCAUGACAAUUACACAACAGCACAUUGUUAACUUAUCUGACUCAGAUUGCACUGUUAUUUCUGAACGAUAUGUUGUAAAUGAUGGCCAGAAUAUUAAAAGAACUACUUCUGAUGUUGACCCUGGUCAGAUUCCCUUAAAUAGUACAAGGUCUUUGUCAAUGCUUGACUUAUCAGGACAAAGUGGAGUAUCCACCAGUCUUCAAAAUAUUAAUGCCACUGCACCAGUUUCUUUUGUUAAUCAGAUAGAUGAAGAGAGAGUGACAAAUGUGAGGGCAGAGGAGAGCUCACAAAGAACGUGCUCCGAGAAAACUCAAGAGAGCCAUCAAAAGAGAACUGAGAGAACAGAGAAACAAUCUCAUGAAAAGGAAGCAACUAAUGUGGAAAAAAAACAAAUAGAACUUUCAGAGAGUGAGGUGGCUCCCAAUGAAAAUGUACAGUCUAUUAAAAACAUGAAUGGGGAUUUAAGUGGUACCUCACAGUCCAAGCAAGGGACAGAAAAGAUGGUUCCUUCUCAAUCAGAAGCAUGGCUAUUUUGUACUCCUGCAACCUGUCCAACCACUCCUCAGUCUCCUUUGCUAGAUCUUCAUCCAGACAAGGAUAUGACUGAUACUGUAAACAAAGAGCAAAACACUGAAAUAAGUCAUAAGGAGGAAAAAGAAAAAAGAAGUCCAGAGAUUUGUGCAUCUAGAAAUUUACAACCAUGUGAAAAAAACAGUAAGAUUAAGAGAAAAAGGCAAGAUCUUCAAGGCAUUACCUAUAGUCAAGAGUUGAGUUCCUCUAUAAGUACAAAUAAAGAUUUACUUAAUCCUUUACAGCAAGAGAAUUCUCCUGAUCCCAAACUUCCCAAUAUUUCAGAACCUUCUGCAUCUAGCAAAAAAGAUACCCAAGACUUGCCUGACAAACUGAGUUGCAAAACAACUAAAGUCCAAAAGAGGAAUUCCAAAGGCAAAAGUCGGCUGCAUUUGGCUGCCAAAAGAGGAGAUUUAUCACUGGUCAAAGCGCUAAUAGAAUCUGGAACCCAGCUAAACCAAAAGGAUAAUGCAGGAUGGACAGCACUUCAUGAGGCAGCUAAUAAGGGAUUUAAUGACGUGUUAGUGGAAUUAUUGAAAGCUGGUGCUAAUGUUAAUAGUGAAAGCCUGGAUGGGCUUUUGCCCAUACAUAAUGCUGUUUCAGGCAACCAUUUAAAGGCCACUGAGAUCUUGCUGCAACAUGGUGCAAACCCUAAUCAAAAGGACGGGGAUCAAAAGAGUGCACUAGAAAGAGCAGAGAAUGAAAAGAUGAAGAAACUGCUGAAGUCUUACAAUAGAAAUGAAACUAGAGAAAUUUAUCACAAUAAAGUCCCUGCAGAAAAACUUUCAAGGUUAAAAACACAAAAACAGUCUUCUGGCUGCAAGUCUAAAAGUGCUGGUCCACUUUCAUUUUCACACGGAGAUUCGACAAGAGAAAGAGCUCCCAUGCAUGAGGCCAUCUGUACCAUUUUACAAGAUAUAGAAGAAAAGCAAGAAAACCUGUUGCUGUUUGAAAUAAGAACACCUGAAGAUGCUGACCAAUACAGUGAGAAGAUGUUACAGAUUAAGGAUAUUAUGGACAGUGUGCUUGCCAAGCAGAAAAAAGAAAGGGAUCAUCUUGCUAAAAAAUACAGGGCUUCCGUAGAGUCUUUCAAAUGUGGAACACUGAGAGAACAACUGGCUAACCUGGCCACCAGACAAAAGAGCCUUUUAAUGGUGGCCCAGAAACAGAAGAAGCUAAGCCAAAAAAUACAAAAUUACAAGAACACAAGAAACAAGUCUGCUCUGGAUGUGAGGGAAGAACCGCUUGAUUCAAGAAAUUCCAAUGAAAAGGACAAGGGCAGCUACCCUCCCCAAGUGGAAAGAACAAGGCAGCCUGGUUCAGUUUCUGUUCCUGUGCAGACGCCUGCCGAUCCCACAAUGGGAAUGGGUAGGAAAACACAUUGGGCUACUGAAAGUAGGCAAGAGGAUAGUCAACAUUCAGGUGGCUGCUUAAGUGAGAGAGGAAUGCCUGAGAAGACUGCAGAGAGUCAAUGCUUUCCUUUUACUGGACAGAUUUCUAAACGAAGACCAGUAGAUCACAGCUUGGAGAGGACAUGGAAAAGCAGGAAGACCCAUGGCAUCAAAAGGGUUAAAUUGCCUCCCCAAGGAGUGACUUCCAGUGCUCUAGCAGAAUAUUUACAAGAAGGAAAUUAUAGCACAGUAAUUACAGCCAAAGGAAGCAAAUCUCUAAAUCCCUCUGCAAUAACUGAAACUUUAAAUGUUUUAGAGACCACAAGUGCAACUGUCAGAGAUAAUACCCAUCAGCCAAGCACUGUUUGUCAUCUGGCGCUUGGCAGUAGUCUUUUACCAGGAAACACAGCGAAGAAAACAGUUUCUCAAGACACACCCAGGACAGUAUCAGAAUUGCUAGUGCAAUCUUUUCUUACCCAUCAAGGAAAUGCUGGCCUAGAUAGUGGUACUUUACCUAGGAUGAAACUAAAUCAUACAGAGGCCAGACCAGUUGGUGUACUAGCAGAUAGCAGCCAGAUUAAUUUCUCUUCAGAGCCUGCCAAUCAGAAUAAUAACAAACCGGAACCUUUAAAUUCCAGAGCAGAGACGAAAGUGAAAAAAGCCCAGAUCAAAGAACUGAUUUCCCUGGGAAGAAUUAAACCAGGAAAUGAUGUUCUGGAAUUCAAAAUGCAGGAUGCUACCUACAAAGCCAGCAUCUUACUGAAUGGUAAAAUCAAGGCAAAAAAUGGGGAGAUUUAUCAAAAUCCAAUUACCUGGAUCAAAGCACUUUUAGGAAGUAACAUUUCUGUGACCUGGAAGUAUGUGUGGAAUAAGGUAACGUAUCUUGGGAAAGAGCUCUGUAAGUACAUUACUGAAGAAGUGCCUGUACUUGCAGAACCAAAUGAAGUAUUGCAAGAAAACCAGCCCUGUCUGCCAGGACCUUCCAGUGAGACAUCACAAAACCUUACCCAUUAUCUGCAGCUAAAUGAAAUACUGUUGAUCAGCGACCGAGAACUUCUUCCAUGCCAUAUGAUGGAACAGCAUUGGAAAUUCUAUAUGACAAGCAAGGAUGCCCCAUUCUGAGAUCUUGGGUUAUAUGUCUUAAUUACUUCAUUCAAAGCACUAAAUUUUGUUUGCACUAUGAAUCAAAGUUUAAACUUUAUCUUGUGGGUUCUCCAAUAAGGCUUAUUUUGACUUAAAAUUCUGCUGUUGAGUUUCCUAAGAUCUGUGAUAUGAACAUAUACUAAUGUUAGGAAAUGUUGAAUUUUCUAGUUAUUAUACUGAAAUUAUACUUUUAUUUUUGCCACUGAAAUAAAAGAAUCUCAAGGA